ACGGCAAUGCAGGUUUCAACGGAAUUUAUUUCCCACUGUUCGCGUUCUCAUGAAUCGUAAGCCAACUAGUUGGUCUUGACCUGUUUCAGUACCUUCACGGUUUACUGACAGAUCUUCACUACAAACGACAACUGCAUGCUUACCAGCAGGCCCAAGCUGUUCAAUCCACGGCAGUCGACAAACACAACUGACUCCAAUACCGCAGCACAAUCUACUGCCACCAGCUCGGACGCACCCACGCCAACCAUCAGCAACAGUCAGGCAUCCACGAUAGCGACUAUACUGUCAACCAGCCAGCCUGGUAGCUCCCAGGCUACCAGCGAUAGUUUACCAUCAAGCAGUCCCACACCAUCCUCUUCUGAUGUCAUUACUACGACUUCUUCUGUUAUUACAACGUCAUCUCAGUCUGACUUAACAGCAUCAUUGCCACCCGUUACAUCUACAAGUUCAGAAACUUCUAGCUCUACACCUACAUCUCAGCCACCUACUUCCACAACUUCAUCCUCUACCUCGGUCUCGGCUCCAACACCGACCACCACCAGCACCACCAGCACCAGCACCAGCACCAGCACCUCCACCAGCACCUCCACCUCCACCAUCACCUUAUCACCAUCACCUACUCAAAACAACCCGACAUCUACGACUCCAGCUUCCACAUAUGCACACCAGACGACAUCGACCAUCACCUCGUCUUUUGUGACGGUUGUAGGUGGAUCUACCAUGACAUCUUUCAGUUUGAUCCCUACGGUCAUCAGCGAAUCCUCGACCACCACUACAGGCGCAAGCGAUCGCACUGCCGUUAUCGCUGGCUCCGUGAUUGGUGGAGGCCUGUUUCUAAUCAUUGGUCUUUCUGUAUUUUUUUACCGCCAACGUCAGCGCUUCAAACACUUCCACUUCCUCGAUGCUAUCAAUGUACGCAGGCGACAAGCCCGUGCCAGAGCAACGAUGCUUGCGAGCGAGGACCUUGAGGACGUUGAUGUCGUACGUCCGUCUCCGGGAAGAUACUCCGAUCAUGAUGCCUCCUGGGAUCCGCAUGAUAGCUCUGGGUCUUAUCAUACCGAACGUCGCACACUCAUGGGACACGUAGGACACGGUGGGGACAUUGACUUGAGCCACAUCAUCGACGACGUCAUGGGCCCUUCAGCGUUAGGCGUGCACUACUCACAAAAUUCCCUAUCAUCUUCCUAUCGCGACUUGUCAGGGGAUGAGUCUGCGCCUCAAACUAGAGAGAGAACAUCGCAAAUUGCGUUACUAGAAGCCGCAGGGCUGAGUGCCACGGGAGGCCCCAGCAUGCAACCUAUGCAGCCUAGCCCACUUGGGAACAAUGCUCCUGAUCCUGUUGUUACAGGUGGCGGUAAUGCCCUGUGACAAUGAUGCCUAUCUAUAUCUGUUUUAUUUCUCACUUGUUGUACAGCAUUAACGCGCUGUGAUCAAGGUGGAUAUGCCGAACCCCUUGCAUCUGUACCGAGUUGAUCGGUCAAUUCUACUUGGCCUGAUCUAAGGAUCAGAUGACUGUGUUCUUUAUAUGUGCUGAUCUCUACUCAUACAUAAU